ACAGAUCUCGGGAAAUGUGAUCGAGGUUGUUUUGUAACUUUUGAGGAGGAAAAUUGUUUUUCGCCGAAUUUUCCCAUUUUUAAGUGUGUUUUUCUCUAGUUUUCCCAAUUAAAAAUGUUGAAACUUCCAGCCGGUGGCCGCCUGCUAAACGAGAUUCUCAAAAGCACCCAUUCAUUUCCGUACUCGCGAUGGUUUUGCAGCGCUUCUGCCAAGAACUUCUUGUCGUACGACAAAGAUCCCGGACCGGUGUUUAUGCGCGAUGACGUCCAGAAGCUGCUCCGCUCGAUGACCCGACUUGAGCUGGAUCGGGUGUUUCGAAAACGCUCCGUCCGGGACAGCACCGUCGAGUACAAGUUCAUGACCGACGAGCAGUUGCGCCAGGAAGUGCGACAAUCGAUUGGCCGCGCCGAACGGCUCCUGCAGAUGCCUCCGGUGGUGCACGUGAUGCAGGAGAAUCCCAAAGUUCUGUCCAAGGAUGGCGCGUUGAAGGGUUUCUCCGAGGCGAAGAUGGUCUUCACGGACAUUACGUACGGCAUCAAGAACAGCAAACGAAGCAUCGUCGAGCGGUUGCCCGACGGAACGCUCCGGGAGGCGGACUACGAGACGCGCAAACGGCUCAACCAGAUUUACUUCCCCCUCAAGGGACGACACAUUCGAACGCCAAAGAUGUUUGAAGCCGGAAAUCUUCGAAAACUCCUUGAAGCCGGCGAUUACGAGUUUGUCCUGGACCGGGCCUGCGUCCAGUUUGAACCGUACGAGGCCGAGUAUCACGACAUCACCGCCACCGUCUACCAGCACGUCAACGAGCACAAAGCGUUCGAUUCGCUCCGUUCUACGCGCCACUUUGGCCCGUUGACCUUCUUCCUGGCCUGGCACCGCCUCGUGGACGACCUCCUCCUGGACAUGAUCAAACGGGACUACCUCCGCAACGGCGUGGAACUCAUCGUCCUCCACAAUUCCCUCCACCAAAUCCCGGACAGCGCAUUCGAGGGUCUCGACGAGCUCAAACAGCACGUUCUGGCCACGGAACCGGCCCUCUUUGAGCCGGAACAGAAAUCCGUCGAAGAACUGCGUCAGGACGCACGCUACCUCGCGGUCAUCGAACAGUUUGUGGCGCAGCAUUGUACGAAGAAGGUGCAGCUGAAUCUGGCACUGGCCGCGUACCGAGAGGCCGCCGCUGAACGGCAACAGCUGGCCGAGGGACUUCGGAAGAUGCACGGUGGAAGCAGUUAGAUGAAGCUUUGUAGAGUGUGGAAUUGUGGACGAAAUAAAUAGUGGUAAAUGAA